UAGAGAUUGAUUGCGAAUUGAACACUCCGAUCUGGCCUAGCCUUGAAGCUGUGUACUUUGACCCCAACCUCGCACCCUAUUUCAGUAUUUUUCCCCAGCAAUGCUGUGGUGUAUCAUCAAGAGCACUCGUCGCCGGUGACUUGCAGCCAUGGCACCGCCGAACGCGGGCAAUUCCAACAACAAUUCCCAUGUCAAUGGCAUCGGCAACUACGGCGGCUUCCUUGGGUCGGUGGCUAGGUUCUGGACGCACUCGUACGCGCCCGACUACCUGGGCUUCACUCUCCUCCUGGCGGCCUACCUCGUCAUCGUCCUCGUCGUCGAGCCCUUCCAUCGCAUGUUCUACAUCAACAAUCUGGCCAUCUCGUUUCCCCACGCUGCCGUCGAGCGUGUUUCGGUGCCCAUGAACUUCGUGUACGCCCUCUUCGUCCCGCUCGGCCUCUUGGUCGUCUACAACAGCCUCACCCGCGCCACAUUCCACAAGCACCACUCCGCCGUCCUCGGCCUGGCCAUCGCCCUGAUCCUGACGACCUUCCUGACGGACAUUGUGAAGAACAUGGUGGGUCGGCCCAGGCCCGACUUGAUCGCGAGAUGCAAGCCCGCGGACGGCACCCCAAAGGACACGCUGGUUUCGAUUGACGUCUGCACCGAGACCAACCACCACACCCUCCACGACGGAUGGCGGUCCUUCCCGUCGGGGCACUCGUCUUUCUCUUUUGCCGGGCUGGGGUACACGGCCUUCUUCCUGGCCGGGCAGCUGCGCAUCUUUCGCGACAAGAGGGACUUGGGCCGGGCCCUUGUCUCUCUCGCGCCGCUGGUGGGCGCGGCCAUGAUCGCCAUCAGCCGCUGCCAGGACUACAGACACGAUGUGUACGACGUUUGCACCGGAUCGGCUCUGGGGCUGCUGGUGGCUUUCUGGACGUACCGGCGGUACUGGCCUCGGCUGGGGAGCAGAGACUGCGAUGCGCCCCACCCGGCUCCAGUGGUAGCAGAUGACAGAGAUAGGGACGACAGAAGAUGGCGGAGGGUGCGGGAUGAGGAAGAGGGCGGGCCCAUUAUUGGGAGGAGCAAUAGCCGUGGAUGACUGACUGAUACCAUGAAAUAUUUGGACACAUUGGACAUGCUGGAUUCAAUCAUAUAUAUCUGUACAUAAACGCUUAAAACAUUGACAAAUGCUGGAUAUAAAACUCAGUUGGAUACAAGAGAAGGCGUCGACAAGAAAGAAAGCGGUUAGUCACCUGUGACGGGGAGUACGUCACAGUGGUAGAGAAUACCAGAUGUCGUAACAAAUGCUCCUCAGCCA